AGAUACGAUUUGCACAACGGAGCGACAUCAAAGAUGGCGGGAGCCUCCGACCCACUGGAGGACAUGCUCUUCACGGAGGUGGAUGAAAAAGCCGUUAGCGACCUGGUGGGUUCGCUCGAGUCGCAGCUGGGCGACAGGAAGACUCCCGCCCCUUCGCUUUCCGACGGGACCCGGGAGGCAGCGCCGGCGGCCGCGGCUCAGUUCUCAGGGAAAGUGCGCGACCAAGUGAGGUCUGCUGAGCCGCAACAAGGGCAUCCGAAAGCGGGGUUAACCCAGGAGCCCGGCGCCAAGCCGCCGCUGUCCGCUCCGAGCCUCUCCGCCUCUACCUCCUCCGUCGCUCCUGGGGCCGCGAUCACCACCGGAGCCGGGCUACAAACUGUUGGAGCUGCUCCCCCGACUGCUUUCCCCGGACCGGGACCCGUAACUUUGCCCACUCCGCCCGCCGCCGCUGCUAGCUUUUCCCGGACGGCUGUGGCUCCGAGCGCGGCUCCCAGCCCCUCCGCCGGCCCGGUGGCGGACGGGUCCCGGAGCGGAUCUCCCGCUCUGCUCAGUUUAAACGGAAACGGCGGAACCGCAAAGUUGGUGAACUCGCCCGCGGUCGCGCCAGCAGCCGGAGGCAGCACCGUGAUCAGUGCUGUCAGUGCCGGGGGGUCCGCGGUCAUCAACCCCAUGACUUCUCAGCCCACUUUUACGGGACCGGCUCCCACCGUGGUCCUGCAGAGACAGCCCGGCCCCGCGGCCACCGUCACCCAGAACGGGUUGGACCCUAAGGUGGUGACCCAGGGCGCCCCCCCAGCCUCCAGCCCUCAGGUGAUGAACCACAGCACGAUGCACACCAAGAUGCUGGUGCCCAGUCAGCCUGUGUCCGGAAACACCGUCAUCCUGACCAGCACCGCCUCUGCAGUCCAGUCCCCCAUCACCCAGACCGUGUCCAGUCCGGCUGCCAUCACCCUGACAGGGGUCAAGCCCGCCAUGAACGGGCUGGCUCAGCCCGCGGUGGCUGUGGUCAGGCCUCCGGGCGGCCCCUUGGUGGCCACCUCCCUCCAGCAGCAGAGACCCGCGAUGGUGGCGAGCUCGACCCGGGCAGCUGCCCCUCAGCUUCCUCUGGCUGUCCGGCCCCAGCAGCAGACCACCAUCCAGCUGCCCCCCGGCUUCACCAUGCCUGCAGGUAUGGUUCUGGUGCGGACGGAGACGGGUCAGCUGGUCAUGGUCCCUCAGCAGGUCCUGGCUCAAGCUCAGGCCAAGACCCAACAGGCCCAGACGGUGGCCAACCUCAACCAGAGACCUGCCACACCCACGGCUGGGGCCGCCAUCCGGGUCAGCACCGCCACCACGGCUCCUGUCACAUCUCACACCGUCCGCCUGGCCUCCCCCGCUCCACCCAGGAUGGUUCAGUCUCCCUCCACCACCACUGUGCAGAAGGCCAUCACCGUGGCCCCUGGCGGUGCAGCGGUGUCCGUGAAGAUGACCACACCUCAGAAGGCUCCAACGGUGAUAACAGCCGGGGGGACGUCCGCAGCCAAACCUGCCGCCCCCCUGACCACCACGACCCCUGCUGCCACGCCCCCCACCAGAGUCACCGUGGUGUCGCAGGAGAUGCAGGAGAACGUGAAGAAAUGCAAGAACUUCCUGGCCACACUCAUCAAGCUGGCGUCCCACAAUUCUCCCUCCCCAGAUACCUCCAAGAAUGUGAAGGCCCUGGUGCAGGACCUGCUCGAUGCUAAGAUCGAGCCGGAGGAGUUCACCACUCGGCUGCAGGCCGAGCUGAAGUCCUCCCCUCAGCCCUACCUCAUUCCCUUCCUCAAGAAAAGUCUCCCUGCCCUGCGUCAGUCUCUGCUCAGCAGCCAGCAGUCUCUGAGUGUCCCCAGCACCUCCACACCCCCCCUGGCCGUCCCCGGCUCCAUCACCACCACCGCCAUCAGGCCCCGGCUGCCCGUCAGUCCGGCGAGCAGCACCAUCAAACUGAACACGCCGCUCACUAACGCAACAGCUCUGGCCGUGGGCAGAGCCGGAGUUCAGACGGUCCAGUCCCGUUCGCCUGUGGUCAUCAGUCAGCCCCUCCGAACUCAAGCGACGCUCAUCAGAGGAUCUCCGACCAUCGUCGGCAAGAGUCUGGUUAACCUGGCUUCUCAAGCCAAUCAGAAGAAACUAAGCGACCCAGGGGGCGGGACGUUCAGAGAUGACGAUGACAUCAACGACGUGGCGUCCAUGGCGGGGGUCAACCUCAACGAGGAGAACGCCCGGAUCCUGGCCACCAGCUCGGAGCUGGUGGGCACAAAGAUCCGCUCGUGUAAAGACGAAGCCUUCCUGCCUCCGGGGCUGCUGCACCGCCGCAUCCUGGACACGGCAAAGAAGCUGGGUGUGAGCGAGGUGCCGCUGGAGGUGGUGAACUUCAUCUCUCACGCCACUCAGUCCAGACUGCGCUCGCUGCUGGAGAAGGUGUCGGCCGUCGCUCAGCAUCGAACCGACGGAGGAAAGGAUGAAGAUCAUCACGAACAGUCGUCAGACGCUCGCUCGCAGCUUCGCUUCUUCGAGCAACUCGAGCGAAUGGAGAAACAAAGGAAAGAUGAACAGGAGAGAGAGAUUCUGCUGAAGGCUGCAAAGAGUCGUGCGAGACAAGAGGAUCCAGAACAGGCUCGCCUGAAGCAGAAGGCCAAAGAGAUGCAGCAGAACGAGUUGGCUCAGAUGCGACAGCGAGACGCUAACCUCACGGCCCUCGCCGCCAUUGGACCACGCAAGAAACGCAAGCUGGACUCCCCGGGCGGAGCCGCGGCACCCGAGGUGGCCUCAGGCUCGGGCGCCGGCUCCUCUGCGUCCCCCUCCUCCCGCCAGCAGCUCCGUCAGCGAAUCACUCGAGUCAACCUCAGGGACUUCAUCUUCUGUCUGGAGCAGGACCGCAGCACGGCCCGCUCGCUGAUGCUCUACAAGGCGCUGCUGAAAUGAGUCCACAAGGGGUCGCAGACUGAUCACACGUCAGCUCCUCGCUGUGUCCUUGCGUCCUGUGAGGUCUCUCUCUCUCGUCUUGAGGCGCUGCAGUACGUCUGAACUCUACUUCCUGGUCAUGUCUCUUUUUUAAUGGCAGGCGUUACUUUCACAUUUCAGUUCCGUGUUAUUUCGCCGAAGUAACGACCGCGUCACACCAGAGCAUCUGAACUAACCCGCGUGCCUUCAUUAAGAUCUGUUCUGAGGUCAGAGGACGCAGAUCCACAAACCAGAGCUGGAGUCACUGGUUCAUCUCGUCUCUGAAUCGAGUCGGAGGCUGACGGCGGUUUUAACGGAUGUGACCCGAACACAACAGCUGAAAGAAAACGCUGCAGCUCGAUGGAUUGAUAUGUGAAACAUCGUGAAUGUCUGGUAUCAGACUGAAGAGGUGCAGCUCUGCUCUGAUUGGAUGAUGCCACACAGACUCUGUCAGGACGACUUGUUAUUGGUCAACGGUGAAUAUGCAGAGCUCAAAGUUUGCGAGGACGAACCUGACGUGAUCAGUUCUGGUGUGAUCGGGUCUUUAGACAGAUUUUUAUUAACUUUUUUUAUUCCUCGUCGCCACAUCUACUUCCUGGUCCCUACAUUACCCACAGUGCAACUGGUCUGUUAGUGGCAGCUGACGUAUCCUGGGGGGAUCGUUACCCCAAGAUGGUUCUUUCCUCUGAUUGGUACAAACUGGUUCAGUGAACGCAGCCUCUUCACACCUGGAAACAAAAGGAAAACACCUGGAUCUGAACAUAUGACCAGGUCCCGAUGUGACGUCACCGUGAUGUCAUGAUUCCGUCACCUGGGACAUUAACAUGUGGACUUCUAAUCUCACAUGUUAAUGGACUUCUAAACGACAUCUAAUCUCAAUCUCUCAACGUUUCAGAUCCUGUGCGGCGGUCGUUUGAACGCGCGCUGAUCAUUAGCUUGUUUUUACCCUUUUCAGAUGAUGGUAUGUCACAUGUUCACUGGUCUAAUUGGUGAGAUUAUGUCGUACCAACAGUUAUUUUGUGUGGACACUCGACCUUAAGGCAGCAGCUCAACAUUAUUUCGUCUUGUUCACGUGUCUGCAGAACAAAUGUUUCUCAAACUGUCUCCAGUCUUUAUGCCAAGCUAAGCUAGCUGUCUCUUGUCUUUAGGCUAGCUAGCUGUUGCUCACAGUUUCACACUGUGCUAAGAUAAGCUAGCUGUUUAUUCUUGUUUUCAGACUUAAUGCUAAGCUAGCUAUUUCCUCCCUAGCUUUAUAUUAGGACAUGAACAUGUCUCGGAGAAACAGGAAGUUAACGGAAAUGUUGAACUGUUUGUUUAAGUCAAAUGAUUGACCGUUUGGUCGCAGGAAGCGGGUUCCGUAAACAGGAAACAGACUCAGGCUACGUUCAGGAAGAUGAACAACAUCUAUCUUCACUCCAGACGUUCUUCCUCCUCCUCUUCCUCUCGGGUCACGUGUGACUUGAUUUUGAUCUCGUCUCUGUUUUAACCACGUGAUGAUGUUUGAUGAAUCAUGUGACAUGUGAUGAGCCAAUCAGAGCUGCUGGUGUGUUGACACGAUGUGACGUUCAAGCCACUCGGCAGCAACGCGACACUUCAACCCCGAACUGCUAACGAAUUUGUAGCUGACGAUGCAGUUUGUUAAUAAAGUUUUAAAGGGGGCGUGUCCGUGGAAGGUUUUUACCGCUUUAAAUGUCUUUUGGUUUCUUUGUCGUGAAUUGUUGGAACUGAAGCUGUGUGUUCUGUACGUCACUGUCGUCACGGCAACACACUAACACGUCUGUUGGCAGGAUCAUUUUUUGUGAGUAUUUAUAUUUCCUACAUUCUGUACUCGAUCCUGACGCAUUUCAGGAAAUGCAAUUUUACAGUCAUUUGUACCUUUGCAAAAAAAAUUCAAUAAAGAAAAUUAAGACGAA